UUUCACAUUCACAUUCACUAAUCACUAAUUCACAUACCAGAUGCGGCGAUGGCGUCGUUUGUGCGGUUUUUGUAGACAUAGGUUAUAAUUUAUGUUUUAAAAAGUAUUAUAAAUUAAUUUAAAAAUGGAGUGCAUAGUUGCAAACGUGGACAAUAUGCGUUUCGAUAUUGAAAUUGCAUUAGACGAACAGUAUGGAGCUUUACCUUUACCUUUCACAGGAAUGGACAAGUCUGUUGCAGCAGUUUGUCAAUUCUAUCCUAAAGGAGCAUGUUCUAAAGGUUCAGCUUGUCCAUUCCGUCAUGUUCGUGGAGAUAGAACUAUUGUAUGUAAACACUGGUUGCGUGGUUUGUGUAAAAAAGGAGAUCAGUGUGAAUUUUUACAUGAAUAUGAUAUGUCAAAAAUGCCAGAAUGUUACUUCUAUUCACGCUUCAAUGCAUGUCACAACAAAGAAUGUCCCUUUUUACAUAUUGAUCCAGAAACAAAAGUAAAAGAUUGUCCUUGGUAUGACAGAGGAUUCUGCAGGCAUGGCCCACUAUGUAGGCAUCGGCAUGUCAGGCGUGUUUUGUGUAUGGCUUAUUUGGCUGGAUUUUGCCCAGAAGGACCAAAUUGUAAAUUUAUGCAUCCAAGAUUCGAAUUACCGGCUAUUCAAGAUUUAGCACCUAAGGAAGGCAAGAAGGUGAUGAUCACAUGCCAUUUUUGUGGGGAAACUGGUCAUAAGGCUAUUUACUGUAAUAAAAUGCCGGCAGACAUGCGUGAGCAACAAAUGCGACAAGAAAUGGACAAAGAUUAUCAUCGAGGUAAUGCCAACGAUUCUCAUCAUCAUCGCUCGAAUAUGCAUAAUGGUCCACGCGGUGAUGGCCCUCGUGGACCACAGAAACCUUUGGAAGAAGUUACAUGUUACAAGUGUAGUCGAAAGGGUCACUAUGCCAAUAAGUGUCCUAAGGGUCAUCUUGCUUUUCUCAGUCAUUCGGGUAACGGAGGCGGUGGAGACAGUGGUGGAAAUCUUUGAAACUUCUAAUACAAAUGAAUGUUAUAUACGUAAGCGAAAAUUUAUUGCGUUUCAGAAAUAUUUCGGUGCACAUUUAUUUCCCGCGCUCUUGAAUGAAGAUUUUGAAUUGUAUAUGAAAUGUCCAUUUUUUAUUUGUAACAUGCAAAAAGUAUGAUUGAUAUUUCUUGUAAUUAGUUGUAUAGAUAUUCAUUUUUAGUCAUCUACAGAAGGAUUGAAAUUUCACGAUCGUGAGAAAUCUUUAUGUUAAGUGUAAUUAAACAAUUAGCAUUGCUUAGGCGAUUCGUCAAUGAAACAAUAAAAUUAAUAAUUUAUCAAUUUUUUUUAUAAGAUCCAAACAACGAUUUAUAAACACGGUUUAGACUAUACUUGUCAAAAAUAC